AAGUCAUUCAAAAAUUUUUUUUAUUUUAAAUAAAUAAAUUAGAUUUUGAAACGAAGUCAAAAACUUUUGAAAAUGUUUUUUUGUGGAUAUUUAAAAUUUUUGUUUGUGAUUUAAAGUAACUUGUUCAUAAAAACAUUGAAAUAGAUGUCUUGCUUACACUGACACUGAUCAUUCACAAUUAACACUACUUUAUUAUCACUGAUCACUAACCACAUACUCAAUUAUUUUUUAAUUAAAACCAAUGAUAAAUUGAAUUUAAUUGGGAUAAUAAGUAAAUAACCAUUUAGAACCUGCUUAGAAAAAAAGUUUUCACUCGUUAGCGUUUGUUUUUUUAACUGAAGUAUUCUGUAUGUCUGGUAGGAAAUUCAAAAACUUCGCGGUCGGUAAUGACGAGUCAAUUAUAUGGGUGCAUUCCGAAAUAGGCUGUGAGCAGCUGUAGCGUAUAUUUGACAAAUAAGUUAUAAGAAAUUGGAGAAAAAUUAAAAUCGUACAUUAAAAUGAAAUGGCUACAGAAUAUGAUAGAAAAAUAUUUAAAAAAUUAGAAAAAAAAAAAACACUCAAGUGUUGGAACAAACCUUGGUGGAGAAAUAAUAUCCAGAAGGGUGUCCUAAUACACUUGGAGAUUUAAUUUAAAUUGCUCCAAGUGCAUUGCAGCUAAAAAAAAACGUCACUUAACUGCUAUUUCCCACCAGACGAUGCCAGAUGAUUUUGCUCAGGAACUUGGAAGUUAUCAGCAUCAGCAAUUCGUAACACUUUACACUAGCACUCAACACUCAACGACACUAUAGACACUUUGCACAAUUUAAAUCUUACAAACACUGGACAAUCUAAAAAACGAUCACUAUGAUCAAUAAAUUUUAUGGAUAAUUCCGCGAAUUAACUACAAUACACUGUGCUUCAAUUUAAACGUAAAGAAAGACUUAGACGCUACUAUUGCCGUUGUCGAUGAUACUGACUGCCGCUAUUGGACCGCCAGUUGAUACAAAGCAAUCGAUUUUGCGAUUAUUCGACAGCCCCCACUUUUGCAAAAAUUUGAACGGCGAAUACAGUGACGCGCAGUAGCGCCAACUUGGUGCGGAAUUUCAAAAUUGAAAUUUAAUAAUUUCAUUAUAAUUUAUUUGUGCCAAUAAUUAUAUUAAUUAAACUAGACAGUAUGUUUGAAAUUUUUUAUUUCCAUCAAUAAUUUAUUAAUUCUUCUUAUUACUUGCGCGGUAAAUUAAGUUAUUUGAAAAAAAAAAAUGUUUUAAAUGGGAGAAAAAUUAAAUAUCGUAAAUCAAAAUAAAAUAGCUGCAGAAUAUGAUAGAAAUAUUAAAAUUUAACAAAUUUUGAUUUUUUUUUACAUUUAUUAACAGAUGACGCUGUAGGCAUGUCUUAAAAGUGUGUACGCAACUGGAAAAAUACCAAGAAUUGAAACCUGAUAUCUUGACCGUUGAAAAAUGAAACCUUUAGUUACUGGCUUCUGCAUUACUCAUUUACUGUUUGAAAUGAUAUGAUUAUAAAACCAGCGUUAUUACUAAUUGCGAACGUAAAUUUAUAUCAAAUACUAAAACUAAAAGUAAAAAAUUUUGUGUUUUAUUGUUGAAAAAAUGGAAGUUGAGUGUUAUACACAAUUCCUCAGACAUAAGGUUUCAUUUAAAUGGAAAGUAGACGGAUUAAUGGAAUUAAUGGAAGCUGCUAGUUAUGAUAAACUGGACAAAACUCUUGACUCGUCACAAUUUUCAGCACAAUCAAAGUUGAAUGAUAAAUGGCGUCUAGAGCUACAAUUACUAAAUCACGAUCAAACAGCUAACAAAGGAUGGGCUAAAAUAGGAUUACAUUUGGAUGAUGUAUUGAGCGAAGUAAGAGCAAAAGUUACGUUUUUUAUGUUGAAUAGUGAAAAAGAAAGAGUGUUUGUUGUAUCAUCGGUCUGCAGAAACUUAAAAGUUGGUAUGUUUUGGUUUCAUGAUCGUUUUUUUGAAAUAAACAAAAUGUUAAAAAAUAGAAACGAAUACUUGUCUGACAACAUGGUGACGUUAUGCGUUGAUCUUGUGGUAUAUGAUAAUGAAACGUCAAGUUUAAUUGAAAGUGAAUUUAAAUUGUCAAAACGUCGAAUCGUUGAUGAUCUCGAAGAACUUUUUGACAGUAAACUAAAGAGUGAUGUAGUCUUGAUAGUGGGUGAUAAAAAAAUAAAAACUCAUAAAAGUAUUUUGAUAGCACGUUCUCCUGUACUUGCUGCAAUGUUUAUGCAUAAUACAGUUGAAAAUAAAAACAAUGAAAUAAAUAUUAUCGAUAUAAAAGCUGAAAUAAUUGAAAAAAUGCUCAAGUUCAUUUACACAGAUAAAGUUGAAAAUAUUGAUGAUGAUGCUGAAUAUUUACUGGAAGUGGCUGACAAAUACCAGGUGCAAAUGUUGAAAGAAUUGUGUGAAAAGUCACUUAGUAAGUCAGUGACUACUGAAAAUGCUGUAAAAAUUAUGAUUUUAGCAGAUCGCCAUAAUGCCAAGCAGUUGCUGAAAUUUGUUAUCGAUUUUAUAGUUACUAAUGCCGAAGAUGUGAUUGAAACGAACGAUUACAAGUUCAUAGAAAAAUCAAAUUUUCAUUUAUUAUCAACGUUAUUUAAAAAAAUCGUUAAUUCAAAAAAAUCAUCUGAUAGCAAAUCUUAAAUUAUUGAUAAAACAACUGGGAAAAACAUGAUAGCAAUUCAAUUAAAGAUGUGAGAAGAUUUAAAUCCGAAAUCCUGCUUAUUCUAAAAUUAAUUUUCUCUUGAUGAUUUUUAUUACACAGUUAAAUGCCUUAUGUCGUUUUUUUUGUACUGUGAUAUUCUUUAUAUAUAGAAUAAUUAUUAAGUCUACAUGAUCCUGAAGUUAGCAGACAAUUAGUAAUUUUCGGAUUUUUUUCUAACAAACUAAUUACUAAAAAACAAAAACUGAAACUAUGCAGAUAUAGAAAAUUUUAAAAAUUACAUGUGCAGUUUUUUCAAAUUUUUUUUUUUUUUUUUUUUUUUUUAUAAUUUAUUGUUUAAAAAAAAUUAAAAAAUUAUAAGACGUCGGUUAACUUCAGGAUCAUUAAAUCUAUGAUAUUAAUCAGUAUUUAUUAGGGUGUGUCAAAACAAAAGUUUUUUUUUUUUCAAGGUCUGAUAGUCUCAAAAAUUUUUUUGGGACCUAAAAAAAUCCUCCUAAAGAAUCAGCUCAAUAUCUCGAAAAUUGAGCUGGCGGUUUCAGGUUCAUUUUCCCAUUUAAAAUAGAUGUAAAAAAUUUUUUUUUUAGUUUUUCGAAGAAAAAUUAAAGAAAAAAAAUUUUUUUCCAAUUUUAAAUUUCACACGCUUAUAAGAAAUUAAAUUCCCUACAAAGAUGUCCUCAAUAGUCAUGCUUGUAACUACAAUAUCUAAAAAAAGUUACAAGCCCCCAAAGUUAAAAAAAAAAAAAAAAUUUUUCUUUUAUGUAUAAUUAUUGUUUUUACUUUUUUGUUAUUAAUUGGUGGUAUUUUUUCCUUUAAUUUUAAUUUUCAAUCUCCCAUAUAAUAGCCAUUUUUAUGCAAGAAAUAUUUAUUAAUUAAUUUAAAACUGUGACGAUUAACUUUUUUUUUUUUGUAUUAUUUGUGUUAAUCACUCGAUAAAAUAGAUUUUUUUAUUAUUAUAAUGUUUUGUAACGGUUAAGUGAGGUACUAAAACGUUUAAAAUUUGACAAUUUCAUUGAAGAUUUUAUAUAAAAGAUUGAAAAUUAAAAUUAGAAGAAAAAAAUACCACCAGUUAAUAACAAAAAAGUAAAAAUAAUAAUUAUACAUAAAAGAAAACUUAUUUUUUUUUUUAACUGUGGGGGCUUGUAACUUUUUUUAUAUUGUAGUUACAAGCAUGACUAUUCAUGACAUCUUUGUAGGGAAUUUAAUUUCCUAUAAAGGUUUGAAAUUUAAAAAUGGAAAAAAAAAAUUUUUUCGUUGAUUUUUCCUUGAAAAACUAAAAAAAAAAUUUUUUACAUCUAUUUUAAAUGGGAAAAUGAUCUUGUAAACCGCCAGCUCAAUUUUCGAGAUAUCGAGCUGAGUCUUUAGGAGGAUUUUUUGUAGGUCCUAAAGGAACUUUUGAGACUAUGAGACCUUGAAAAAAAAAAAUCAUUUUGUUUUGACACACCCUAGUAUUUAUACUUAUAACAUUUUUUUAUAUUAAUAUAUCAAUGUGUAGUUAUAAAUGAAUUAUUUAAC